CGUGUAGUGGAGGCCGACCAUCAGUGGUUUCAAAAUGUACUACAGCUUUCAGGACACGAUAAACCUGUACCUGAUAAUGGAGUUCCUGCCGGGUGGGGACAUGAUGACCCUGCUGAUGAAGAAGGACACACUGAGCGAGGAGUGCACCCAGUUCUACAUCGCCGAGACUGCGCUCGCCAUCGAUUCCAUCCACAAGCUCGGAUUCAUUCACAG